AUAAAGGUUAGUGUGUAUAUAUAUAUAAAGAGAGAAGGAUAUAUGUGUAUGGAACACAAAGAAAUAGUUCAUAGUCAUGCCGGGCUUAAUCAUAUAUAUAUCUCAAACCUAUCACAAUUGUGGCCGAGUUGCUAGAAUCACAUAACAAUUUUAUCAUAAAUAUUUUUCAUUAGUGAUAACAAAUCAAUCGCUAAUAACGUAAGAAAAAUAUGUUCUAUCUAAAAAGUAGCAAAGAAUAUGAUUGCAUAAAUAAUGUAACGGAGUAUAUUUGUUACAACAAUUGCUAAAAAAAUCAUACAAUCAUUUUAUCAUAAAUAGUUUUCAUUAUCGAUAAUAGAUCAAUCACCAAUAACGAGAGAAUACAUAAGAAGACCCUUUAACAAAAAAAAACGAGAGAAUACAUGUUUUACUUUAGAAAAUAGCGACAAAUAAUUUCAGAUAACAAUAUAACGAUUUUUUAAUAUAUUAAAAUAUGAGAUUAAGUUUAGAAUAUUAAACAAUUAACGAAAAUGAUGUAUCAGUAAAUCAAAAACAUAUUGACCAUAUUACGCUUGUUACUUGUUAGUAAUUUUUUUUACGCCGCCAUUUUUGUUGCUAUAUUUAAAAAAAAUAUUCCAAUAAUAUUACUAUUAGAUAUGAAAAGAUCACUACUAAUUAAAGGUGGAUCUUUCUGGCAGAUUUGGAUACAUUGUACAAAUGAAAUGAGAAGAUAAUAGUCAAAUAAAUUUGUAUUGCAUACCAUAUAUUGAUUGAAUAUUAAGAUUAUGAAAUGUUACAAAAAUAGUAAAAUUCAAAUUCAAAUAAAAAUAUAAUAAAUCAAAGUUGAAAUUUACUCAUAGACAACUCAAAUAUUAAUUAUUUGGUUUGUAAUAUUCUGCUAUAAAUACAUGAGCAUUUUCAUUCUACAAACACCAAUCCUAUAUUUUAGCUUCUCAAAUAUCACUAAAAAUGGUGAAAAAAAGCAAAGGUCGUCAAAAAAUAGAGAUGGUCAAAAUGAAAAAUGAAAGUAACCUUCAAGUUACUUUUUCAAAAAGAAGAUCUGGACUUUUCAAAAAGGCUAGUGAGCUUUGCACACUUUGUGGUGCAGAAGUGGCCAUAGUUGUGUUCUCACCUGGUCGAAAAGUCUUUUCUUUUGGUCAUCCAAAUGUUGAUUCUGUAAUUGAUCGAUUCAUAAACAAUAACCCUCUACCUCCUCACCAACACAACAACAUGCAACUUAGAGAAACUCGUCGAAAUUCGAUUGUUCAGGAUCUGAAUAAUCAUCUUACUCAGGUGUUGAGUCAAUUAGAAACAGAGAAAAAGAAGUACGACGAGUUAAAGAAAAUAAGAGAAAAGACAAAAGCCCUUGGGAAUUGGUGGGAAGAUCCCGUUGAGGAACUUGCGUUAUCUCAACUCGAGGGGUUCAAAGGUAAUCUUGAAAAUUUGAAGAAAGUAGUUACAGUCGAAGCUUCCAGAUUUUUUCAGGCAAAUGUUCCAAACUUCUAUGUGGGAAGUUCUAGUAAUAAUGCUGCUUUUGGGAUUGAUGAUGGUAGUCAUAUCAACCCUGAUAUGGAUCUCUUUAGCCAAAGAAGAAUGAUGGACAUAAAUGCCUUCAACUACAACCAGAACCAAAUUCACCCUAAUCAUGCAUUACCACCCUUUGGAAACAAUGCUUAUGGUAUUAAUGAAGGGUUUGUUCCAGAAUACAAUGUGAACUUCAGACCAGAGUAUAACCCAAACCAAAACCAAAUCCAAAACCAAAAUCAAGUUCAAAUCCAAAUCCAAAACCAGAGUUUUAAGAGAGAAAACAUCUCUGAAUAUGAACAUCAUCAUGGUUAUCCUCCCCAGUCUAGAUCUGAUUACUAUUAACCCUUUGUUGUGUGAUCCAACUUAAGUCUCUAGACAAAAAGUUGUGUGUUUAGGUUAUCUUUAUUUCUUCUUAUUUAUGUUUCUACAUGUGUUGUUGUUGUUUUUCUUGUUCUUGUUUAAGUAUUAUGUUGUAUUGUGUUGUUUCAUUUCAAAAUUAUGUUAUUGCUAUAUAUAAAUUAUAUGUGUCGGAAACAAA